AUGGCAGAAGCAAACAAUAAAAGUACUAAAUCAUCACAACAUAAAUUAUUGAUUUCUUCAUCACAACAAAAUGCGAGCAUAGUAUCAACUAUUAAAAAAUUCUUAUUAAAUCUUCAUAUCGAACAACAAUCAACAAUUGAAAAUUUCAUUAUUAUAUGGUUAGAUCCCAGUAUAAAUAUACAUAGUGAUGAAUAUAAUUCUUUUAAAAAUCAUUUUCAAAAACUUGUACAUUUAAUAUUACCAUUUAAUGAUUCAAAUCAAUGUAUUGAUUUUAUUAGUGAUAUUAAAACUGAAAAAAUCUUUCUAAUUAUUUCUGGUCUUCUUGGUCGAAAACUUGUAUCAAUAAUAAAUAAUCUUUGUCAAAUUGAUUCAAUUUAUGUAUAUUGUGAUAAUAAAGUUAGACAUGAAAAAUGGGCAGAUCAAGAAAAAAAAAUUAAAGGAGUUUUUCAAAAUAUUGAACCUAUUUAUGAUGCAAUUAGACGAGAUAUAAGACAAUGUGAAGAUGAUUUAAUUUCAUUUAAUAUCUUAUCAUCAACAUUUAAUACAAAUAAAAACUUAAAUCAAUCUGAUCAAUUAUUUAUUUAUAUACAAUUAUUUAAAGAAAUUUUAAUUGAAUUAGAUUAUAAAUCAAAUACAAAAAUAGAUUUUAUUAAUUUUUGUUAUUCAAAAUAUCAAAAUAAUAAAUAUCAAUUAGAUAUAAUAAAAGAAUUUCAAAAUGAUUAUAAUCAACCAUCAUCUAUAUGGUGGUGUACAAGAGAAUGUUUUAUUUAUUCAAUAUUAAAUAAAGCAUUUCGUAUUCAAGAUAUGAAUAUGUUAAUUAAAAUGAGUUUUUUUAUUCGAGAUAUUCAUCUAGAAAUUAUACGAUUACAUUCAAAAUUAAAUCAAAAAAAUCCUUUAAUUGUUUAUCGAGGACAAGGUGUAUCCGAAGAAGAAUUUAAUAAAAUUCUAGAUAAUCAAAAUGGUUUUCUUUCAUUUAAUAAUUUUCUUCUAACAACAACAAAUAAAGAUUUAUCAAAAUUUUAUGCACGUUCUGCUCGAGAUAAUCAUCAAUUAAUAGGAGUUCUAUUUCAAAUGGAAAUUGAUCGAACAAAAUCAUUAUUUACAUCAUUAGAUAAAAUAAGUUAUUAUGCUGAAUCAGAAAAUGAAAUAGUUUUUGCAAUAAAUACUAUAUUUCGAAUUCAUACUAUUGAUCAAAUUGAAAAUGGAUUAUGGCAAAUACAAUUAAAAUUAACAAAUAAUGAAAAUGAACAAUUAAAAUAUUUGAAAAUAUUAUUACAAAAAGAAAUUGAAAAUAAAAAUCAACCAGAACGAUUAAAUAUAUUAAUGACUAAAUUACAAAUGUUUCAUGAAUCGACACCAAUUGAAAAAACACAAUCUACAAAGAUGAAAUUCGAACCAUCCGUUGAAGAAAAUAUCUAUCAUGAGCAAACUAUGAAAGCCGAUCAAUCGACGGCUAAUGAUAAAAUCGAACAAACUGUAAAAGAAAAUGUCUGUCAUGAGCAACCUCAGGAAACAAGUCAAUCGGUGGCUAAUGAUCAAACUGAACCAGAACAUUCUCCUGUCGUUAUUGAUGUGAUAGUUGAGCAGUCAGUGAAUUCAUUACAGAGUACUCCUGAUGUGUAA